AGCUGGCGAAAGGCUGGCUAGGUCAGCUUACGAUUCAACAGCAUUUGUGAUUUCGAUUUCUCUCUCUGUCUCUCUCCCUCUCUUUCUCUGCCCCGUUUCCCCCCUCUCAUUUUGCCAUUUUCGCCCCUUUCUCUCUCUAUCUUUCUCUCCAUUUCCUCUCUGUUCACUAGCUUCGACUCUCCAUUCAAUCUGUUCCUUAGAGUUUGGUCGUAGAGAGAAGCGAUGAGGCCCGUGGAUCUCUCAUUCUUUGUUUAACCAACGAGAGCGCGAAGCAAAUCUGAGAAAGAAAAGCCGCGAACCCCCCAGAUUCUUGGAAAAAGAAUUCCAAGAUUUGGAAGAAAAAGGAGAAGGGGGGGGAAAGCAGGCUGUAGGCGAUUUGGUAUUCUUGGUAUACUUUUUAAUUCGUACGGCGGAGGAGAAAAAUGAGCGCCUCGAGAUUCAUAAAGUGCGUUACCGUCGGCGAUGGCGCCGUCGGAAAGACCUGCAUGCUGAUUUCCUACACCAGCAAUACUUUCCCUACGGACUAUGUCCCAACUGUUUUCGACAAUUUCAGUGCAAAUGUUGUUGUGGAUGGCAGCACUGUCAACUUAGGCUUAUGGGAUACUGCUGGUCAGGAGGAUUACAAUAGAUUAAGACCGCUGAGCUAUCGUGGGGCUGAUGUCUUUAUACUUGCAUUUUCUCUCAUCAGCAAGGCCAGUUAUGAAAAUGUGGCCAAGAAGUGGAUUCCGGAAUUAAAGCAUUAUGCACCUGGUGUUCCGAUAAUUCUUGUUGGAACUAAGCUUGAUCUCCGGGAUGAUCAGCAAUUUUUUGUAGACCACCCUGGUGCAGUGCCUAUUUCUGCAGCUCAGGGAGAGGAACUAAGGAAACAGAUUGGGUCUCCUGCCUACAUUGAGUGUAGUUCAAAAACACAGCAGAAUGUGAAGGCAGUUUUUGAUGCAGCUAUUAAGGUAGUGCUCCAGCCUCCGAAGAAAAAUAAGAAGAAGAAAAAGGCACAUGGUGGUUGCUCAAUACUAUGAUCAGUGGAAAGAUUCAAGAACGACAAAGAUGGAUUGACUUGCCAGCUUCUUGCUGCUCAUAUCUCUAUCACUGUCACCUUUUUCAAUUCAAGGAAGCCGCAAGCCAUCAUGUAUAGUCUCAACUGACAUUCUAGGGAUUUCUGUGAAAGCAUCAGAUUGUUUGUUUCGUGUUUUACUUAUUGUCAUGAUCUAUAGUUGAUGAGAAGCAUUCCUUGUUAACAUGCACGUCCCUUCUGCGUUUCAUGUUUAGACUUCACUCGUGUAUUAACCAGAUGUGAGGAAGAUGCUAUUACAAAAUAACUGUUUUCUUGCAUGAUGUUUAAAUUUAAGCAAUUUGAUUAAUGGAUUAGUAUA